AUGUCUUCCCCAAAUCUUUCCGGCUUCGCAAAUCUUCCCGCAGAAAUCAGAUUCCAAAUCUGGGGAUUGGCGGCAAGGAACGCCUUGAACCCUCCUCGAGCCAUCAUCGCAGGGCACCACGGACCGCGGAGAACCAUCGCAGUUGUCAACACUAGCCACGAAGCUCGUGAAGAGGCCAUGGCUCAAACAGGUUUGAGAAGCGUUCUUCAAAACUACUUGCUCGAAGACCCAGCACAUUUAGAUCAAAUAGGCCUCAGUCUAGAAGAGCGAGGAGGGUAUGUUCGGCGCAGCCCGCGGGAGUGGUACAGUUUGGAGACAGAUGUCUUUGUUCUCGGGGCAGACGAGCGUAUACUACAAUCACUUGCUUUCAACGAUACUUUCAGAGACGCAGUCAAAACCAUCGCAAUUCCAGCUUUCGUGCUGGAUCCCAGAGUAGUGAUUCGUCAAUUCAGAUGGCAGUCGAGAUACAUGAUGAUUUAUAGGGGCGUGAAGACCGCAGUACUUCUUCGAGACGAUCCGGCGCAAGAACCGAUUUCCCAUAAAAAUCUUAUGCUCAACAGACAUCUUUACCCCCGUACUAACGACAUCAGAAUCAAGAUCCAAGAUAACCCACUUUCACGAGCGGAGUUGGACCUCUUCGGAUUCGAUGUCAAUUUCUUUAACAACCUCGUCAUUUCGAAGCGCAGGGACAUGGCGCCAGACUGGCAGUUACCUGAGAUCAAAUGGGGAUGCUUGGUGCGAUACUGA